GUUUCACUGGUACAACCUCAUCCAUUUGGGUUUGGAAGCAUAGCCUCGGACAUCGUUACCCCAUUGUUCCCGAAACCAUAGAAACGUUAGAAGGUGAAAAAUCGGCCGGGAUGAGAACGAAACUUCAACGCAUGCCCACCAUGACUGCCGCCACAUUGGUCGGCAGAAAGGGUUUCUGUUCAGCACAGCUCUUAAACAGCUCUCAGGCUGCUUCCAACAUUAAACUUAGUGGUGAAGAGUUCAUGUCAAAAUUGCUUGACAGAAGAUGGACACUGCAAAACCCUGAUACUAAGAUUCAUCAAAUAAUAGUUUCUCCUGUACAAAGACAAAAUGGAGUGGGAUCAUUUGCUAAUGUUUCUUUCUUCAACAAUACUGAGCCAUAUCUUGGUAACAAGAUGAUUGAUGAGAAUCAAGGUCCAUCUUUCUAUAUUCUUAGGGAUGAUUUGUUACAUCCUUUGGUUAAUGGCAAUAAAGCAAGAAAACUGGAUGCAUUAUUUCCUCUCAUGGAAGAUUACUCCGUGACAGAUGUGGUUACAUGUGGAGGUUGUCAAAGUGCGCAUACAGCAGCUGUUGCUGUUUCAUGUGCAGAAAGGGGGCUCAAGUCACAUUUGCUUCUACGUGGGGAGCAGCCUGAAAUUCUAACUGGCUAUAACCUCAUUUCAACAAUGUAUGGAAAUGUAACAUAUGUGCCGAGGUCCUUUUAUGCUCACAGGAAAGGAAUGCUGCAGAGCCAUGCUAGUUUAGUUGCAGGUCAUACUGGUUCCAUUGUACACUGCAAUGAAAUUAUUGAGGAGUGCUUUAGUAUCCGUACAAGUGAGAGGCACUUGAAAAAGGUCAUUAUAGUCAAUGAAGGUGCAUCAGAUGCUAUAGCCAUGCUAGGUAUAUUUCGUCUGGUGCAAUAUUUAUCCCAGGACCAUUUACUUGGAAGAAAGAGGACUUUAAAUUUUAUUGUAGAUGCUGGGACUGGAACAACAGCUAUUGGUUUGGGACUUGGAGCUCUAUGUUUAGGGCUCCCAUGGAAGGUUACUGCUGUUAUGUUGGCUGACAAAAUUGAUGCAUACAGAGAACAGGAGAGCCGUUUAAUCUCUGACUUCAAGAGGCAAUUUCAUUUUACACUUGAUGAUCACAAACUAAAUGAAGUAGAUGUUGGAAUUGUGCACUGGGUGGACCGUUGCCAUGAAAGAAAAUUUGGCAAUGUUUUGCAAGGGGAAAUAGAGGCUUGCCAACAAAUUGCACAGCAAACUGGAAUUCUAGUGGAUCCUGUGUAUACCUUAGCAGCUUGGGAAAUGGCAACGCUUCUUAGAAGUAAGAACGCUGAAGAUGAUGCUGAUGUGGUGAUGCUUCAUACUGGAGGCACAUUAGGCCUUUUUGGAUUAGCACAGAGGUACAAAUCUUACUUCCAUAAACUCAAAGACAGAUUACCUGCUUCUGAGUAAACAUUUGCUUAACCUUUUAUGUUACAAAUUCCAGCUGUAUUUUCUUGUAGCCGUUUUCUCCUAUUAUACACAUACAUGGAGUUGAUCAAAACGGCACUGAAAUCAUAUUUGCUAAACACUUAGCAUGCCUGAGUUGGUCCUGUCGUUGCAUGGUUUCAGAAAAAAAGGGCUAGAUAUAAUAAAGGACGCCUGGCUUAAGCAUAUAAUGUAUGAUGAUCAAAGUUUUAGGUCAACAUAAGACACCCAUAUCGUACACCACCAUGCAUAUUGAUAACAAUAAAACUUGUAUUUAGGACUGAGUUUUAUGUUGCAUCCAUACAAUUCCUUUCUGGGUCCAGCUUCUAUUUCAUGAAAGUGAGCCCACUAUAAGUUUUAGCAUGGACACGGCAAAAUCCGAUGUGGAAAUAGCUGUACCCUUGUAUAGAUUACGUAUCAUGCAAUGCCUCUUGUUUUAUUAAGAAGAGGGGAGCUGAGAAAGAUGUCUCAACUCAAGUCGUAAGAACUUGAGACUUUAAUUAAGUUAAAAUGUUUUAUAUUCGAACAUUGAAACGGAUGUGGGUAGAUUUGGAAAAAGAUAUGGGCAUUUCAUGUUGCAUAACGGUUCAUUAUAUGUACUUAAGAAAAUCAAGAAGAGGGAAAGAAGGAACAUCAAACUUGGGACAAUCAAAAGAUGGAGUAGAAGUACAGAAGGCCCAUAUCUUCUUGAUGGUUUUUACAGCAGUUAGGCAAGAUUCCAUUAAAUUGAAAGGCGAGUAAAAUUCAAGCGGUCAAUAUUAAAUCCAUUUUCACUUUACUGCUUCCAGGUGGUCAUGGCUUUUACCUCUCUCCGAGACUGUAAUUCUUGGGAAGAAGGGAAGCAAAUUUUCUAUCUCUGCUUUGUGCUGUACUAUUUUAUAAUGAAGGUGAACAUUCUUG